GGGCUGCCCUUUGAAGAAGUGCAUUGUGGUGAAGCACCUGGGGAGAGAAGAGAUAGCGGUGGCUGGAACAUGCAGCAAGUCUCCCCCUCUCAAAAGGCUGUGCCAUGAUGUACAGGGAAAAAAGACGGAGAGCUCACAGAGGCUCCAUCCCAAGAUCCCCUGGACCCCAGGUAGAGACAUGUGGUGGCACGAGCUGAUGAGCGGCGCCAGCACGGACUGCGAGCCCGAGUGGUGCGACUCGGAGGACAAGCUCUUCAUCCUCUACACCAGUGGCUCAACUGGGAAACCCAAGGGUGUGCUGCAUACAGUGGGUGGAUACAUGCUUUUUGCUGCCACCUCAUUUAAAUACGUGUUUGAUUACCAACCUGAGGAUGUCUACUGGUGCACAGCCGACAUCGGAUGGAUAACGGGCCAUUCCUAUGUCACUUAUGGACCCUUGGCCAACGGGGCAACCAGUGUGAUAUUUGAAGGUGUCCCCACCUACCCUGACAUCGGGCGGAUGUGGAGUGUUGUUGACAAGUACAAGGUGACCAAGUUCUACACAGCACCCACGGCCAUCCGGCUGCUGAUGAAGCAUGGGGAAGAGCCCGUCAGAAAGCACAGCAGGAAGUCUCUGAAGGUGCUGGGGAGUGUUGGUGAGCCCAUCAACCCUGAGGCCUGGCUCUGGUACUACCGUGUGGUGGGAGAAGAGAGGUGUCCCAUUGUGGACACGUUCUGGCAGACAGAGACAGGUGGCCACAUGCUGACGCCGCUCCCCGGUGCCACCCCCUUGAAGCCAGGCUCUGCUGGGUUCCCUUUCUUUAGUGUGGUUCCUGCCAUCUUGAACGAGUCGGGGGAAGAGCUGGAAGGAGAAGCAGAAGGCUACCUGGUGUUCAAGCAGCCCUGGCCGGGGAUGAUACGGACGCUCCACGGGAACCACUCACACUUCGAGGCAACCUACUUCAAGAAGUUCCCUGGCUACUACGUGACGGGCGAUGGCUGCAGGAGAGAUCGAGAUGGUUAUUACUGGAUCACAGGGCGAAUCGAUGACAUGCUGAAUAUUUCUGGCCACUUGCUGAGCACGUCAGAGGUGGAGUCAGCCUUGCUGGAGCAUCCUGCUGUCUCGGAGUCUGCAGUGGUCAGUCACCCCCACCCCCUGAAGGGAGAGUGCCUCUACUGCUUUGUCACGCUGAGGGUUGGCUACGAGUUCACCAAGAGCCUGGAGGAUGAGCUCAAAAAACAAGUCAGAGACAAGAUUGGACCGAUCGCAACGCCUGAUUACAUCCAGUAUGCCCCUGGGCUGCCCAAGACCCGCUCAGGAAAGAUAACCAGGCGGAUCUUAAGGAAGAUUGCCAGGGAUGACCACGACCUGGGGGACACUUCCACCUUGGCAGACCCGAGCAUCAUAGACCAACUUUUCAACAACAGAUGUAACAUUAAACAGUAG